UCCCACGUGAUGUAUAUAUACACCGCUGGUGAUCUGACAAGUGGUGCUGGCCUUGCUUUGCCAAGGCCACCAAGCCGGACAGUGCGAAGACGGCGCGGCCACCGCGAUGAAGGAUGAGGCCGGGGUUUCGACAGCUCAGCGCCCGGACUGGUGCCAGGGAAGAAAAUGAGAAGCGUAGGCUGUGGACACCCUCGAUGAUGGACGUUCAGAUUACUGAUUUGAUCUAACUGAAGCAGGCAAAGACGCGCCCAACUGGGGCGUCUCGCAGGACGCGAGAAUCGAGAUGGGCGUUGACGAAUCCAGAUCUUUCACAGAGCUCAGAUGUCAAAAACAAGCUUGUGUCUUUUUUUUUUUACUUUUUUUGCUUUGUGUUUGUAUCGUGUUCGACCGCCCAUGUAAGAUUUCGAUGUGAUAGCGAGAGCAGACGAUGGACGAUCGACUUCAUCCGUUCUUCUACCGCAGCCGCAGCUUCCAGGAACCGGGGGCUUCUGCGCCGCCUGGGCCUGCAGACUUAUCCGACCCAUCAGCGCUGCUAGGUCUCCUCAACGGCCAGACCGAACUGCUACUGGCACAGAAGCGCGAGCUGGAGCUUCUCAAGAGCUCAACACAACAUUCGCCACAGCCGCCAUUGCGGCGGAUGUCUACAGUGUCAGCACUGCAGCCUCAAUCGAAUCCUGUGUCCGUGGAAGAAGAGCAGAAGCGCAUUUGGCAGGAGGAGAUUUUGCCGUGUCGGGAUGAGCAGUUGCUCCGGUCCUUUAUAUGGCGUAAAGGCUUAACGUUGGAGGACCUGCUGAGUCCAAACCGACCAUGGAAUACGUGGUCCUACCAUGCGGCCUAUCCAAACCUAUCCAUUCCUUUCGAGUUGUCGCGAUGGCAGUCGACUGAAGGCAUAUUGAACCAUGCUUCUAUGUGGUCAGCCAUCGGAACAUGCCCCGAUGAGAAGAAUCCCGACUCUGAGCUAACCGUUAAUGCCUCUGAUGCAUUUUCGCGUAUACUCCGGAUAGUUGAUCUAUCGCCUAUUGUAACUUCAGUCCUGCUGGGUUCGACGCCCAGAGUAAAUCUCUCGAAGAUUGCACUCUUCUUAGAGAGAUAUCUCAGCUUCUCAAACUAUGGAAAGGCCAGUUUGUUCGGGAUCCGCAGUAAAACUGCCAAUUCCUAUCUCUUCGAAUAUCACCUAGCUUUCUACUUCGUCCCGCAGACAGCAAUGGAUAGGGAGCUUGUUGUGAAGGACUUUCGUGGGCUAAGACGCUCUGCUGCGUUCGGGCCGGCCCUGAACAAACGCAAUCGGUACAUCUACGAAGAACAACUAUCAUUCAUCCUGGUGGGAGUGGGGAAUGACGUCUAUACGUGCUAUCAGCUUGCCGAAAAGUACUUUGCUGGUCCUUAUAUCACCGGCACUGGACGAAGCACGCUCUUUGUUAACCCCGACGGACGCAGGCUGGGUAGUUGGACGCCGGCAUCCAUUUUCCUCUCGUGGAUUAUGGUCGCCAUGCACCAUGUGCAACUGCGGUGGCAGAUGGCUAUCGAUGCCGUGGAUGCACAGAUCGACUCGCCUUCGCAGAUCAUCUUUUCCGAAGAAAACCCAGAUUUAUUGUCGGAUGAUCCGCAAUUCUCGCGCUCAAAGACUUACUUCUGGGCACUUCAAGCGUAUAAAAUGUUUGACGAGGCAUUAACAGCGACGAUAGACACUUGGUUUGAUUUCCGGCAAAACUCUCUACACUGUCUCAAUGACGGGCGUAUGCCUGCGAAAGACUGGGAGGAUUCCAUCAGAUCUAUCGACCAUGCGGUUGAGAAGCUCCAGGAGAAGCUUCUAUGGAUAAGAAAGAAGAGCAUCGAGGUCAGAGACUUGCGCGACGGCCUAUUUGGUGCUUCUUCCCUCUUCGACAGCCGCACAACAGUCCGGCAGGGUGAUAAUAUCCGGCUGUUGACCUACAUCACGUUGCUGUUCCUCCCACUUUCUUUCUGUACUAGCAUCUUCGGCAUGCAGACACUGAUCCCUCACACUCUUCCUAUGAGUGCGUUUGCGAUCACUAUGCCUUCGAUCACCGUCUUCACGGUCCUACUAGUUUUCAACCUGCAGACCAUCAUGGACGCGUUUGAGAAGUUUGGGUCCGAUAUCACUCGGAGCAUGCGCGAGCUUAUGAAGAGCCACAACCGACAGGAUUGGAGAGAUACUGCGAACGCACUCCAUGUGGACCGGAUAGCUCGCCAACCCCCCGUCAAGAGGACGAAGCCCCAGAGUAGCCACUGGGUGUACGCGCUUUUCGUACUCGAAGCGAUUACCGUUUCGUUUCCGGUUUCCGAGAUCGAGAAUGCCUAUCGCAGGAUCCGAUCUCUGUUCAGUCAGCCGUCCGCAGAUCCGUACCUGUUGCAAGAAACUGCCGGUAUACCAGAAGGCGAAGAGGCUGCCACGCUGUCGAGAGCCCAGAAAGUGAAGUACGCCAAAGAGGCCGAGAAGAGACGAAAUAAACAGUCGUCUAUACGCCAUUUCCAUCCGUUGAAGCUAUUUGUCCGACUGAUUGUCCAUCUGUCCAAAAUAGCCGUGGCAACUAUGCGGACAAUUCUUUUAGUCAUCUGGAUCCCACUGGUCAUGUUAGAGUAUGGUCUUCUUCUCUGCUGGUUCUUCAUAUCGCCUCCGACUUCUUUAUUCGGAAACCCGGAGGAAGACGAAGAGACCUUUGUGGGAGAGGACGGUAAGCGGGGGAAUGACUCCCGCCGGCCAGCGAGACCGACAAUAAGCAUCUGGAGUCUCGCACCCCAGGAUCCUCAAAAUCCCACCGUCACAAUCUUCAUCCUCCCUUUCCGCUGGCUUGGAUUUGCUUUCGCACAACCGAAGAAGGCACCACGACGACAAUUGACCGAAGAAGAGGACCUGUAUGCCAAACGAGUUAGAACACUUUCUGACUUUACUCGACAUACACGCUCUGGUCUGAACAAGCUGGCCGAUACAAAGACCGAGGAGGACCCCUUGUCGCAGCAAGCCUCGGACAAGUCCUCGCAAGUGACGCAGCCGCAGAUACCGUCGCAAAUGCAGUCCGCACCCGGGACAGCAUUCGAGAUGAACCAUACUUCUCGAAGGCAGUCCUUACGGCGCUGGCACAGGGCACAGCGACACCAGGCUAGUCGAUUGAACGAAGGAUUGAACCCAGCCGACACCGCAAUGAACAUUGACUGUUAA